AUGGCGACAACCCAACUUCGUACCAACAAAAAUGAAUACCUGGCUAAUUCCGAUGACACUGAAAUUGGAUUUUUACAGCCUUUUGACGAUGCGGGCGACCCACCCAACCCUUUUGGCGAGUUGGGUCUGGACCUAUCCCAGUCGGAACUCCGGGAGACAGCCUACGAGGUCCUAAUCGGAGCCUGCCGGAGCUCUGGAGCCGGCAGACCCCUCACUUACAUCUCCAAUUCUGAAAGGACCACCGAGAGGUCACAGUCGAUGACGUCGUCGUCUUCCCCAUCGCUUCAGAGGUCGCUGACGUCAUCUGCGACGAGCAAGGUCAAGAAGGCUCUGGGGCUGAAAUCCUCGUCGAAGAAGAAGAACGAGGAUGAUUCCGAGUCAGCGAGUCAGGUUAUCGGUAACUCAGUUAGGAAGAGAGCAGGGACUGUUGGUGAACUGAUGAGGGUCCAGAUGAGGGUUCCGGAGCAAAUCGAUUCCCGAGUCCGACGAGGCUUACUCAGAGUCGCCGCCGGCCAGCUCGGAAGACGUAUUGAGUCUACAGUUUUGCCAUUAGAGCUACUACAACAGUUCAGAUCCUCAGAUUUUCCUAGCCAGCGAGAAUAUGAAACAUGGCAGAGGAGAAUCUUGAAAAUACUCGAAGCUGGACUCCUUUUGCAUCCACACAUGCCUCUUGCAAAGACAGAAAUGGCCUCCCAACAGCUUCAGAAGAUCUUAUGUGGAGCCGCUGAUAUACCAAUAGAAACGGGGAAGCAUAGUAAAUCAAUGGAACUUCUACGCAAUGCUGUAAUGUCACUUGCUUGCAGAUCAUUUGAUGGUUCUGUGUCAGAUAUAUGCCACUGGGCAGAUGGAAUACCACUGAAUCUCCACAUUUACUACAUACUUUUAGAAUCUUGCUUUGAUGUAAACGACGAAACAUCUGUUAUUGAAGAAGUCGAUGAGAUAUUAGAACUUUUAAAGAAGACUUGGGUAAUCCUUGGGAUAAACCAGAUAUUACAUAAUCUUUGUUUCUUUUGGGUCUUAUUUUGUCGAUAUAUUAAAACCAGCCUACUUGAAGAUGACCUCCUUCUUGCUUCUGUUAAUAUGCUGAUGGAAGUGGAAAAGGAUGCAAAAGCGACAAUGGAUCCAGCGUACUCAAAGAUUUUAAGUUCAACAUUGAGUUACAUUUUGGGGUGGGCAGAAAAAAGGCUUCUUUCAUACCAUGCUACCUUUUAUCGGGGCAAUAUUGAUAUAAUGCAAAGUAUUUUAUCUCUUGGGGCAUCAUCAGCCAAAAUAUUGGCAGAAGACCUCUCUCACGAGCAUCGAAGGAAAAGGAGAGAAGUUGAUGUAGCAUAUGGCCGGGUUGACACUUACAUCAGGUCAUCAAUGAAGAAUGCUUUUUCUCAGGAAAAGGAUAGUGUCAUCUCAAGCAGGCAGUCUACUAAAUAUCAGCAAAAUCCUCUUCAUGUUCUUUCCAUCCUUGCACAAAACAUUUGUGAUCUGGCCUUCAAUGAGAAGGAAAUAUAUAGUCCUGCGUUGAAACAGUGGCACCCUCUUGCGACGGGUGUAGCUGUUGUUACUCUUCAUACUUGCUAUGGAAAUGAGCUUAAGCAAUUUAUUACGGGUAUAAGCGAAUUAACUCCUGAAGCUAUACAAGUGUUGCUAUCUGCUGAAAAACUUGAAAAGGAUCUUGUAGAAAUGGCUGUUGCCGAUUCAGUAGACAGUGAAGAUGGUGGGAAGGCAAUAAUUCAGGAGAUGAACCCAUAUGAAACUGAAACUGUGAUUGCAAACCUGGUGAAAUCCUGGAUACGUACAAGAUUAGACAGACUCAAACAGUGGAUUGACAGAACUCUGCAACAAGAGGUUUGGGACACUCGAUCAAAUACAGGGCACUUUGCUCCCUCUGCAGUGGAAGUUCUACGUAUCAUAGAUGAGACUUUGGAAGCAUUCUUUUUGUUACCAAUACCAAUGCAUCCAGUUUUGCUUCCUGAGUUGGUCAGCGGUCUCGACAAUUGCCUUCAUAGCUACAUCAUCAAGGCAAAAUCUGGCUGUGGAUCUCGCAGUACCUUUAUUCCAAACUUGCCUGCUUUGUCCCGAUGUACUACUGGUUCUAAAUUAUUUAAGAAGAAAGACAGUUCAUAUAUGGGUUCACUGAAGAAAUCUCAGGUCAGGACUACAUCUGGGGAUGGCUCCUUUACUAUAGCACAACUCUGUGUUCGCAUCAAUACCUUGUAUAACAUCCGAAAAGAGUUGGAUGUUCUCGAAAAGAGGGCGAUUUCCAAUCUGAGGAAUAGUGGAUUUGUUCAUGAUGAUAAUGCUGGGAAUGGAAAAUUUGAGGUUUCAGUAUCUGGCUGCAUUGAAGGGAUACAACAAAUAUCUGAGGCAACUGCAUAUAAGGAGCUGGAGCAAUAUUUAGAAACAGUGUCAGUAACAGUUCAUGACAGGGUUCGGACUCGGGUAAUAACUGAAAUUAUGAAAGCUUCUUUUGAAGGGUUUUUGUUGGUUAUUCUUGCUGGAGGACCAUCUCGUGCCUUUACUCUGCAAGAUGCUGAAUUGAUAGAGGAAGAUUUUAAGUUUCUUAUGGAUCUGUUCUGGUCCAAUGGAGAUGGUUUGCCAGCAGAUGUGAUCGAUAAGUUCUCUGUUACUGUCAAUGGAGUACAACUGACCCGUAUACAAUUUUGCGUGUUUUGUGUAAUCGGAAUGAUAAGAUGGCAACGAAGUUUCUGA